GUCAAAGAACGGCUGCGUUGUAAGAGAGUGACACCCAUUCAAUGUUGGUACGUGUUGCUACAACAGCUUUUCCUUAGUACUAAAUUAGUGACCUAGAUUUUCCCUAGAAAUGUGCUUAAAUGUUACGGGCGGUUGUAUAGAAAUAAUCCCCUUCUCCGUGUCAAAAAUAGACAAGUCCUGGAGCUAACCUACAGCAAAAGUUCUGCAAAGAUUUUGUUCAGAGUUUUAAUUUCACGCUAAAAUUGCCAACAUGGAGAUUCACGAAGGGGCAGCGGUAGCAAGCGACAGCGUGCUGGACUUUUCCCGUUUGAGUCUGACCACUUUCAACGUUAACAGUAUCAGCGACGAGAGGAAAAGGGACACCAAACAGCUCUACCUGAACUACAACCGACUAGCCUCGCUACCCUCGUCGGUCAGCCUUUUCUGCAACCUCGAGUUUUUGGACAUCAGUAACAACGGACUGUCUAUCAUCUGUGAGGGCAUUACGCGACUGACGAGUCUGAAAACCCUGAUAGCCAAGAACAACCGCCUGGACGAGUUUUCGCUGCCCAAAGAGUUCGGCUCUCUGCAGCUGGAGGUGUUGAACUUUAGUGGGAACCGAUUUCAGGAGAUCCCACUUCAGUGUAUGAAACUGCUGCGUCUGCAGUCGCUUUCAUUCGGCGGAAACAGACUGAAAAGUAUACCUGAAGAGAUAGAAAAUCUAACCAGUCUGGAGCUGUUGUAUCUGGGUGGAAACCUCAUCACCGCCAUUCCCCCAGAAGUGGCUAACCUGCCCUACCUCAGCUACCUGGUCCUAUGUGACAACCGCAUCCAAAGUGUCCCCCCGCAGCUCACCAGGCUCCACUCGCUACGAUCUUUAAGUCUCCACAACAACUUGCUCACUUACCUGCCGAGGGAGAUCCUCUGCCUGGUGCACCUGCAAGAGCUCAGUCUCCGUGGCAAUCCACUGGUGGUGCGCUUUGUCAAAGAGAUGACCUACGACCCCCCGUCACUGCUAGAGUUGGCAGGACGUACCGUCAAGAGCCGAAAUAUUCCCUACUACCCAUACGACCUGCCGUCAAACCUGCUGCGCUACCUAGACCUGGCCAGCAAGUGCCCCAACCCCAAGUGUGCCGGCGUCUACUUUGAUUCAUGUGUGCGGCAGAUCAAAUUCGUGGACUUCUGUGGAAAGUACCGGCUGCCCCUCAUGCACUACCUGUGCUCCCCAGAGUGCACCUCUCCCUGCAGCUCCAACCCCCAGAGUGACGCGGAGUCGGAGGAAGAGAGCAGCGUGCCUGCUUACCGCCUGCAGAGGGUGCUUCUGGGAUAGUAUGACGUGGAGGAGAAUUUGACCCUUUGGACAAGCCCAGCCUUGUCAGUCUGUCACUGUGUUCAACAUUUAUACAGAGAUUCAAAGUUGGCUUUCAGACUUUGCUGCACACGUGCCUCAUUUGCACUGUAUGGUUCGGCUCAACUUGACUCCACUCAACUCACUUUUGCUACCAGGUGCUUUUUCUCUAUUUGUUUUCCGCUGCAGAUAGUACCCCCUCAGUCUAGGCAGCAUUCUCAGCUGAUUGCCAUAGCGAUUCGGUGUGAAACUGCCCUGGCCUAUCAUCUUCAACAUGGCACUCGUGGAUCUUUUCAUCGGCAAAGGUGUCUGCACUUUGUCAAUUGUACGACGUAGUGAACAUAGUGUACAGCGUAGUUUUGUGGGCUGCCAUUUUUAAAUCUGGGGUGAGUGAAUAAAAAAAAUUAAUAAUUGCAGUCGCUAUUGACGGUAGCUUGGCUAUAUAAAAAUGGCGGGUUUGUGCUGUUAGUGACAGUUCUCUUUGACCAAUCAGUGGUCCGCAGUGUUUUAACUCCACUUUCUAGUAUCGGCUCAACUCACUCGGAAUCAUAGCGAGGUGGUACCAAAAAAGUACCAGGUACUAUUCACAACUUUUACAAAUUGAAAACCAAAAAAGAGCGAGUUGAGUAUAGCCGUGCCGUACCAUGCAAUGGAAAUGUGGCAAUAAACACACAUCACUCGCAUAACAUGAGUAAAGGAAAGCUCAUAGUUCCCAUGUAGCCAUGCAAAUCCACAGUCCGUCAGUCAUGACUUCAUCAAAGUGCUGGUCUCCUGGCCCAGUAUAGGAGGGCAUUUGAAACUCAGUGAAAACUGAUGGAGCGGCAGGGUUCUUUUCCUUUUUCAGGGCAGCUUACUUUAUCUUCCAUACCACACUUUGUGCUUCUUAGUAGCAACAGCACAUUAUUCUGCAUUUUCUCAAAGUUUGGAUAUGAACAAUGUGUUUUUGUUGUUGUUUUUUGUCCAGCUACUGGUGACACAGAUUUAAUUUAAAUUUCUCAUACCAGGUGAGCUUCAAAACUGCCAUGCCAACUAGGAAAAAAAGUUAAACUAUGUAUGCAGAAACUAUGACAUUAGUUUUACACUACAGUGUUCUAAAUUGAUUGAGUACGAUGCGUGAGGUGGCCUUAUUUACACUGUGUGUGGUCCUGCUGGGCAAAGGUUUUGUGCAGUUAAGCUGUCCCACACAAUAUAAUAUAUAUAAAAAAUCAAGGUUUAUCUGUUUUUGUCUGCACACCAGCCUUACACAGUUCUGCCAUGUUGGCAUAGUUGUUUUAAAAUGAAUCCAGAAUAUGGUUUAUGUGAGUAUGUGGAAGAAAGCCUGUCCAGGCUUACUCACAAAAAGUGGAUGUGGGGUGGACCGAGGAAAACCAUUCACUGUGUUGGCCCUGAAACAAUAGCUUUUCAGCAAAACACAGUGGCAGCCUUCAUGUUCAUGUUCAGGGCUUUCAGUUUUCUCUAGGUAUAAGAAUAUAUACGUGUGUGAAUGGAGCCCACAGUCAGAUAUUUUAUUUCUGAAUUGAUUCUUUUUAAAGUGCUCAUAUUAUGCGUUUUGGCUUUUACCCUUUCCUUUAUUGUGUUAUAUAUCUUUUUUUUUUUUGUGCACGUUAUAGGUUUACAAAGUGAAAAAGCUCAGUCCACCCCAAAGGCACUUACCAUCUCCAACAGAAAACACAACUCUAUUGUAGUCUAGCCUUUACUUCCGUGACGAACGUGCGUCACUUUCUAACUGCUAGCAGUUACAAAGCGUGGCACGCCCUCAUACUCUGCUUCUGACUGGGUAGUAGUCCUUACCUAGCUACUGCGCAUGUGCGACUCCAAACAAAGAUGGAACAGAAGCGCCUGAAAAUAUGGUGGUUUUUGAAAAUUAAACCAUGUAAACCUAUUCUGAUAUAACCUCUAACAAUUAUGAAUCUGAAAAUGAGCAUAAUAUGAGCACUUUAAGACCGAAUCCUUCAUUUGUAACAGGAAAUGGCUGUUUCUCUUCCUGGUUACACUUCUGCUCUGCUUUCCUUGUGUGGAAAGCUGGGAGAUUUCAUUAGCCUCCCAGAAAGGUUGUGUCCAUGAGCAAGGAGGUAAAACCUGGCUUCACAUUAGACCUUAAGGUUUAGAAAACAGAAGAACGCUCCUCUAUGUUACAGUAACACCUAUACUAGAGCAUUUAAGUGCCUUACUAAUCGUGACCUCUAACAGAGUGAAACAGAGUAUGAAGAAAUGUGAUAUAUGCACCCUGAAAUGUGACAAGAUUAACCUUAUGAAUAAAAGUCCUUUUUAAUUGAU